GCAGCCUAAUUUCACAGGGGGAAAAACAAAUGAACAAAAAUCUCUGUCUGCUCAUCUGUCUGGGCUGACAGGUUUUAGGACCGGGAACCUCCUUUUUCCGCCUUUGGGCAGCACUCUGCCUCUUCUGUCUCCUCCCCUUCUCUCUCCUCUUCCUGUUUCUGCACCAUCUUGGGUACGUCGGCCUUUGGACACCAUUCACUUCAGAUUUCCCCGCCAGUGCCUCAGAUAUGACCAGAUAGCUUUAAGGAACUGAAGUUGACUUUAUGAAACGUGGAGCCAUAAAGCCCCUUGGAAGUGUUGGCCCGAUACCUUGCUUCUAAAGUUCCCAGCAGCCUCCCCGGGGGUUAAUAGAGACAUAGCAGAGAGAUAAACACACCAGCUGAUCAACGGAAAAAGAUACAUUUAAGAAAAAGAUCCAGGAGAUGGCCUCUGACAGAUCCAGGAGAUGCUCUCUGACAUGGAGAGAGCUGUGUGGGUCCUGCUGCAUUGCAAGCCCAGAGGAACGGUCCCCAGAGCGCAAUUACAUGUCAAGAAGAAGGCGGAAGGUCACCCACUCUCCGGAGGCCCGACUUCGUCGAGUGGCUUCUAGGGUUCCAGUCAAGGUCAACAUAAGGAGCGGGAAUAUUCGCAGGCACAAGAAUCAGGUACCACACAGCCAGGAAGCAAGAUUGAGAACACCUCGAGAAGAGACUUGCUUGGAAGAGAAGACAGUAGUACCCCUCCAGGCUCCUAAACUUUUUUCCGGGGUUGAACCAGCUUGUAAAAGUAAUCAGUUUCUAGGACCUGAAGGAAAUGUGGAUAUUGAGUUGAUUGAUAAGACUGCAAAUGGAUACAGCGUCCACUUCCCUGUGGCUGGCUUCUAUCUAUGGCCAGCGACACACCUUGGCUUCUUGGUAAGAGCAGCAGUGACCGUGAGGAUUGCGUUCGAUUCUUGGGGUCAGCAUCUGGACCCGAAGUUACAGCACGAGGAGCAGUGGAUGGUGGCGGGCCCUUUGUUUGAGGUCUCCGUGGAGCCCAAGGGGGUCAUCGCUGAAAUCCACCUCCCCCACAUCAUCUCCCUCCCAGCAAAUGAGGUCGAUAUCUCUUGGUUCCAAGUUGCCCAUUUUAAGGAUGAGGGGAUGGUCCUAGAGCCGCCAGCCCGAGUGAAGCCUUUCUGUGCAGUGCUGGAAAACCCCAGCUUCUCUCUGAUGGGGAUCCUGCUGAGAAUCGCCAGUGGAACCGGUGUUUCGGUCCCCAUCACUUCCACGGUCCUGAUCUAUUAUCACUUCCACCCUGAAGAUACUAAAUUUCACUUGUACCUUAUCCCCAGCGACUCCUUGUUAAUGAAGGCAAUAGAUGAUGAAGAAGCUAAGUUUCAUGGUGUGCGUCUACAGACCUCACCACCAGUGGAUCCCCUGAAUUUUGGUUCCCGUUAUAUUGUGUCCAGUUCACCUCAUCUGGAAAUAAUGCCCAAGGAGUUGAAAUUAUCCUACAGGAGUCCUGGAGAAAUCCAGGUAUUCUCUAAAGUCUAUGCUGGGAAGAUGGAGGAACCAAUUGUACUUAACGUUACUGACAAAAGACACAAGACUUUGGUCUGGCACACUUUGGUGAAGCCAGUGGACCUCAAGUUUCAUGCCGCAUUGGUCCCUCCUCCUUUCUCAGCCUUGUAUCUGGGGAGCGCCUCGUUUGGGCUGACACUGUCUCUUGAGAUUCUGCUUCCUGGGAACAUGGGUGCCAAGCACAGCUUGUUUUACGUAGUUGCUGUGAGGAAUGCAUGUGAUGUGCAUGGAGGACAUUAGCAGAACACUGGACAUGGGUCGUUUUCAGUAAACAAUGGCACCAGUGAUGAGCAUUGAGAUAGGAUUUUCCAGCCAAUGACUGUCCUGCCCCCGAUUUAUGGCCCGCGCUGGGGAUGCAGAGGUGAGUAACUGCGGUCCCUCCAGGAGUACACAGUCUGGUGGGUGUGCCAGACACACGCACAAUCAGAACACCAGGUGGUCGCAACCUGUAAUGGACAUUUGAUGCACGAUGGACUAAAGGAGCAGAGCGAGGACCCCCGAAUUUCCCUAGCGAUGCUGCUGAUGCUGAAGGAUGUGGGUGUGUCCAGGAACGCAGGGUGAGGGGAAUUCUAGAUAAAAAAGCAGCAUGUCUGCGUUACCAGAAGGAACAAUGAGGAACCCAAGGGGCAUGACAAACUCAUUCCUCAUGUUGUAACCAAAUCUGCCUCCCCGAAAUUUGCCAAACACUGGUUCUUUCUCUCCCUCUCCUUCUUCCUCCCCUUUCUGGCAUGCUCUCUCUCUCUCUCUCUCUAACAUUCUCAAACUUAUGUCCUGAGGAAAUAACCUAGGGUGAUGUACGUGUUCCGUAUCUGAUUGGGGUGUUGGUCACACAGGUGAUUAUAUUUGUCAAAACUCGUACUAGACAUUGAAGAGCUGUGCAUUUUACUCUACACAGCUUUACAAAACCAAAAGCAACCAAGCAACCAACUGAUCAACAAAAACAAAAAGUGAACGUAGAAUGGAAGUCAGAAAUUAAGAGUGGUCCAAGCAGAAGAGGAUCGUACUCCCUUCCUGCUGGUGUCUGUACCUCUAUUAAUGCAUCCAUUACUAACUGAUUAUGCUAGAGCAAGCUCAGCAGUAUGGGGAACACCCAUACCAGCGCCCCAUAGUUUCUAAUGUUUACCCAAUGCCUGUGUGAGAAGCACGAUGCUCUACUCACUAACUUUGUGGGUUUGGGCAUAUUUGUUCACUUCUCUGAACCCACUACAAUACAGUGGGGGUAAUAAAACCUACCUUGCCAGGGUUGAAUGAGCUGAUGCCAUCAAUUCUAAUGUUAUCCCCCUUCAACAGAUUCCAAAACUGAGAUACAAAGAGGCUAAGUAACUUGUCUAAGGUUUCAGCUGUAAACAGUAGGGCUUGGGUUAAUACUAAGCCAACCUGAUUGCAAUUCGGUCUUAUUCACUGGAUGAGAUUGAUUGAAUAUCAUAUCAUAUCUAUUACUCUCUUCCCAUCCCUCCCUCCGUCCCUGAAUGCAAGAGCCCACUGUGCCCACCCCCAGUCCCCACGACCUCUGUCCUCACUCUGGACCUCAGUCACCUAGGAUCUCUCUAGGAUGGAUGGAUUCCAUGUCUUCGAGGACCCUCUGGAGGCUUGAAGAUAAGGAUUCAUGUUUACCAGCAAUGACAUCAUGGGUCUGGUCUCUGAAGAUCUGAAUUCACUUCUGGCUCAACCACACACAUUUCAAAACACCCUACAUGGUUCCAACCUCCACAAGCCUCACUUAGCCCAUCUGCAAAAUGGGAUGUAACUGGGCACUGUUUUCCCAGAACUAUCAAGACCCAGAGCUGAGAAGGAAAAGAAACCAACAUCAACCUCCCAGUGUAAGGUCAGAGAAUCACCAGCAGCUGGGGCGGGUCUCCUGGUCCAGGCGUGGCCCGCCUAAGAGCACAAGUUCAGCACGAUCUCUGCCACCCCAUUUCCACCUCCCGAUUUCAGACGUUGCCUCUUUGGAGAGAAAUUCAUGACAAUCAGCUUUCCCCUCCCUUAACAUCCUCAUGAGGAGAAAGAAGAAGAACUUGGGGGGUUCCUGCACGGGAGACUGGCUUAGCAUCUUCUUGGCCACUGAACUCAGUGACCUGCCUUUGUGCUCCCAGGGCAGGGCACAACGCAUGACCCUGAUAUUUUCACUGGACACAGGACUCUCUCUAGAAUAAAGACGGCAUGUCCCAGACCCUCCUUCAUCCGGCUGGGGUCGUGUGACCAAGUUCUGGCCAACAGGAUGUGAGGCGCAGUGAUGGCGUUUAAGCCUGGCAGGCAAGACGGCCGCCACCUUCCUGCACAUGCGGAAAAGGCCCUCAAGCAUGGCAGAAGGACAAGACAGAAGCAGCUUGGGUGCUUAUCUGCCCUCGACAGCGUAUGCAAGACUGUUCAGAGAGAGAAAAAGGUUUUUGUUUUUGUUUGUUUUUAAGAUUUUAUUUAUUUGAGAGACAGGGAGAGUGAGAGUGAGAAGCAGACUCCCUGCUGAGCCGGGAGCCCGAUGCGGGGCUCGAUCCCAGGACCCUGAGAUCAUGACCUGAGCUGAAGGCAGACGCUUAACCGACUGAGCCACCCAGGCGCCAAAGAAAAAGGUAUUUCUAUUUUGUUUAAGGUACUACUCUGUUUUGGGGUUUCCUAACUAAUAUACAAGGGGAAACAAAAUCUUGAUGGUGAACUGCCAGGUGGACAGGGGGACCGGUCCUAUCUCCACCUGGUUCCUAACUCCCAAAGGUAUAGAGAAUGGGGGCCUAUAUUCAUUUGCUAGGGCUUCAGUGGCAAAGUAUAGCAAGGUGGGUGGCUUUGAACAACACGCGUUUACUGACUCACAGUUCUGGAGGCUGGAAGUCAGAAAUCAAGGUGUUGGCUGCGCCAUGCUCCCUCUGAAACCUGUACGGAAGGAUCCUUCCUUGCCUCUUCCAGCUUCUGGCAGCCCCAGAUGCCCCGUGGCUAGUAGAUGCAUCCAUCCAGUCGUCCCUGGUCACGUAGCAUCCUCCCUGUGUGUCUUCACCUCACCUUCCUGCUGCGCAUGUCUCUGUGUCCCAACCUCCCGUUUGGUAAGGACACCAGUCAUAAUGGAUCAGGGCCCACCCUAACGGCCUCAUUUUAACCUGAUUACCGCUGUAAAGGCCCUAUUUCCAAAUAAGAUCACAUUCUGAGGUGCCUGGGGUUAGGACUUCAAGAUCUCUUUUUGGGGGAGGAGGCAUGUUUCAACCUGUAACAGGGCCACACAGAAGGUAGGUAAGAUUUCUGGGCCAGUCUUUCUUUUUUUUAAAAGAUUUUAUUUAUUUAUU